AUGAUAGGGAAAAUAUUUGAUAAUGCCUUUCGAAUACGUACAUAUAACAGACUAGUGUGUUUCAUUAUUGGUGGUGCCUUUACCUACAGUUUUGCAAAUCCUGAUAUAGAUACAGUAUAUGAGUUUUUUCCCAUAUUCAAGCAAAAUAAAUAUGCUUAUUUAACAUUUCUAGAAGUUAAUGAAAAUCAUGGAAAUGUAUUUGAAGAAAAACUUAAAGACCUGUGUAGAUUUUAUCAAAAGCAACCUGGUUAUUUAUACACCAAAAUAGUUAAAAGAAAAAAUAAUUUAAAUAAUUUAAAUAAAUAUAUUAUUGUUUCAACUUGGUUAAAAAGUGAGAAUUAUCUCUUGGCUUGCAAUAGGAUGCAUGGACAAAUUUUAAUCAAAAACAUACAAAACUAUACAAAUUACAAUUCCUUUUUAUAUAGAAUAGUUGUCGAUGACUCAGAUUACCUUCCCCCAUUUUAA